AUCGAUAACGAGGUCACAAUCGCUCCAUCGCAGCUGACAACAUUACUCAGUCAGUUGGAUCCAGGCCAUAUGAGAAAGGCAGGAUGUCCGGGUCCGCUGCGAGUAACGAAAAGGUCAACCGGUCCAGCCGGGCCUGCCUCAACUGCAGGAAACACAAGAUGAAAUGCGAGAACAACGAUACGCCGCCAUGUAAACGCUGUGAAGCCACGGGAAAGAACUGUAUAUUCACCCUCCGUGCGAACGCUGCUAUCGGAACCGAUCAUGCAGGAUGGUCAGAACAAGUCGAGAUGCGUCUAUACGACCUCGAAGUGGAAGUGAAAUCAUGGCGGCGGUAUCGACACUUGCUUCACCGUAAAGGACCUGGUUCGGGGUACAAGGAAGAGAACGAAGAUGAAGAGGAUAUCGAUACGGGAGAUACCGAGGUGGAUGGGAACGGAGAUCUGGAUGGAGAGGAGGAUGAUGAGUUGGGGAGUCUGGGCCCAGGGGAGGCGGGGCAGGAGAUGAAAGGUAGGGGGAAGAAGAGGAGGUUGACCGUAGGAUCUAUCAACAAUGGAAAAGAUCGACCCAAGGCGAAUCGCUCGGGCAGUAACAACCAGAACAACCAGAAUCAGAAUGGUAUCCCAGAAAUGCAAACGGACCCGAGCGAUCAGGGCUGGAUGGCCGGCACGAUAUGGGAACCGAAGGAAGACGCUGCGGAACUCGUCAAGGUGGUCGCCCGACUCAUGGAAGGGUUGGGACAAGCAAGACAAGGAAAGUCGUGGAUCAACAAGAAGGACAGCGCUUGGAGUGUCGGUACCGUGGAGGGGUUGUGGAAUAGUUUCGAACAAGACUUUCUCCCCUUCACAGGGACCGGUCUACAACGCCUUCAACCUAGCCACCUCACCCCGCUUCUGAUCGCCUCCAUCUUGAUGGUCACCUCGAGGUCCCUCUCGACACCAGAAUCACUCGUCUGGAGCCGGACUUUCGAACACGCAUCCCACCUGGCCUUUUCCGAGCUCGACUCGAAUGCGGACGCUGAAGUCGUCGGAAUCGCGAUGGAAGCCGAUCAGAGGGGUCACAUGGACGUGCUCGGGUUGUUGAUUUUCUGUCAAGCUGAAAUAGGAGGCAAGAGGUCCCUUUCAGGGCAUAUCGCCUGGGCACAUCAGAUUAUACUGGAUAGCGUCGGUCUGGGAGAGACCGUCAGGGAAGAAGAAUGGCGGACCCUGUGGGAUGCGCUUCAUACCUUGGAUCAGCAACAUCGUAGUCUACAUCUCAAACGGUCCAUCGUCUCGACCACCCCACCAGCUCCUCCCUUUUCCGGCCAUUCGGCCGUUUCGUUUCCCAGCGCGGCAGAGGAUAUGGCCAAGAUCAACGAUAUCGGGUAUAAACACUUUGCGAGUCGAGGGUUCAGCUCGAUCUUGGACGGUGUAUGGAGGAGGAGGUCUAAAAGAGCUGCGGGGGAGACGAAGCAGGUCAGCAUCAAGGACUUGGCCGUCCUCGAUAAUUGGUUGUCGCAGUUGAAGAAAUGCGCGCAGAGGUAUGAUCUGCAAGAUGAACUACCGUACUUGCUGGAUCGACUCGUCAUCGAAUCCAUCGCUGCUAGUCGGCACUCGGCCAUGUCAGGGACGGACCACGUCGCGACCGCUCGGCGAGUUUUGCAAUGUCAUGUCGCGAGGCCGUUGACGGUAGCGUCGUCCUAUCAACUUGUGCUGUUGACAAGCGCCGCUCUCCAUGUCUUGGACGACGGGAACGACGGGAAUCGCAACGUCGUCGAUCUCCAGCUAGUUCUCCAGCUGAUGGUUUACCUGAGAAACUUUGAACUCGUACACUUGCGCGGGUUCGCCACAGAAUUACACGCCUGUCUCAAUCGGGAACUCGAAAUCCUGGGCUCUACGAACCGAUUGAACAUGCAAGGUAUCACAAACGAGAGUGGAAUGAUGGGCGCCAGCUCGGUACAGCAGCCUAUGGGCUUUACACCUAUGCAAAUGGGAGGUGGAGGAGGCUUUUCUCAGACCGACCAGGAGAUGCACUCCUGGAACCCAGUCACGAAUCACACUCCACAUCAACAACAUCCGGAUCAGAUCUUUGGGGAUUUCGACCCAUCGUUCCUUUCCUCCUCAUCAGGGAUGCUCAUGCCUCAAGAUCUACCAUUCGAGAUGAGGUCGACGCCAGUCAUGCAGAAUCAGAUGACGCCGCGGAGCCACGAUCCGGGCAGACAGCCCAUGCCUCUACCGUCACAACCGUUCCAGAUUCAAGACGCACUAAACAAGUCGACCGAGACGUGGCCGCCAACCUUCUUGAGCUGGCUCAAUACUUCGGCCACAGAUCCCCCUCCGGACCUUUACGGUAAAUUCUGAUUUGUAAA